CAGUCAAAGUCGCUUAGAUCACACAUCUUGCCCAUUCUAAUAGAUAGGGGGCGCUGUUUCUAAAAUGAAUCUCUCAGAGGAGCCAAAGACCGAAGGAGGAACCCUCAGCAGUGAGAGGAAGAGGGUCCAGGUAGAAAGAGCAGGGUCACCUGUACCCAGCUGUGUGUCUCUGAAGAGUGAUCCUUCAGUGGAUCAUCCACUCACUUUCAAAGGAGAGUUCACAGGUGACCAAAGGGUCCAGGUAGAAAGAGCAGGGUCACCUGUACCCAGCUGUCUGUCUAUGAAGAGUGAUGAUUCAAUGGAACCUCCACUCAAAUUCAGAGGAGAGUUCCCUGGUGAUCAAAGGGUCCAGGUAGAAAGAGCAGGGUCACCUGUACCCAGCUGUCUGUCUAUGAAGAGUGAUGAUUCAAUGGAACCUCCACUCAAAUUCAGAGGAGAGUUCCCAGGUGAUCAAAGGAUCCAGCAGUCACUGAAGUCCAGCUCUUUCGAAGAGAAGAGUUCAGAUAAAUUAUCUUCCACAAAAAAGUCUCUCCUGCGCAAUCUGAGGAAGCUGAAGAAGAAGGAGUUGAAACAGUUUCAGAGCCAUCUGAGUCAGGAUUGCCCAGAAUGCCUUAAAAUUCUGUCUGAAGAUCCUUCUAUACUGGAUAAGUUUAUGAAGAUCAAUGAAUUGUUUGACAGUCAUGAAGUUGAUGAUUACCCAGAAUGCAUUGAGAGAGAGCAGGAGGAUCCUGAGUCUGUCUGUAUAGUUGAGAAGUUGCUGGAGACCUGUGGCAGUGAGGGGUCUCUGAAGAUCACACUCCACAUCCUGAGGAACAUGAAGCAGAAGGAUCUCGCUGAUUCGCUGGAAAGAGAUGAGCACAAUGAAUCCAUAAAAAGAGCCCGGCAGGCACUGAAAACUCAUCUGAAGAAGAAGUUUGAAUGCAUAUUUGAAGGUUUAGCAAAGCAGAGCCACCCAACCCUCCUCAAUGAGAUCUAUACAGAGCUCUACAUCACAGAGGGGGGAAGUGGGGAGGUCAAUAAUGAACACGAAGUCAGACAGAUUGAGACAGCAUCCAAGAGACAAACCACGCAGGAGACUGCAAUCCUCUGCAAUGACAUCUUUAAGCCUUUACCUGGACAAGAGAAACCUAUCAGAACUGUGCUUACAAAGGGCAUCGCUGGCAUUGGGAAAACUGUCUCUGUGCAGAAGUUCAUUCUGGACUGGGCAGAAGGAAAAGCCAAUCAGGACGUUGAUUUCAUUUUCACUCUUCCUUUCCGAGAUCUGAAUCUGCAGAAGAAAAGAGAAUUCAGUCUGAUGCAGCUUCUGCAGCACUACUUUCCACAGCUGAAAGAGAUCAAAAGUGUUGACGGUGAUGAAGUCAAAGUUGUAUUUAUCUUUGAUGGACUGUAUGAGUGUCGACUUCCUCUAAAUUUCCAAAGUAAUAAGUCCUGCUCCGAUAUAACAGAGUCAUCAUCAGUGGAUGUGCUGCUGACCAACCUCAUUAAGGGGAAUCUGCUUCCCUCUGCUCUCCUCUGGAUCACCUCCCGACCAGCAGCAGCCAGUCAGAUCCCUCCUGAGUGCGUCCACCAGGUGACAGAGGUACGAGGGUUCAAUGACCCGCAGAAAGAGGAGUACUUCAGGAAGAAAAUCAGAGAUGAGAACCAGGCCAGCAGAAUUGUCUCACACAUUAAGUCAUCCAGGAGCCUCUACAUCAUGUGUCACAUACCAGUCUUCUGCUGGAUUUCUGCUACUGUUCUGGAGACAAUGUUGGGUAAAACAGAGAGUGGAGAUCUGCCCAAAACUCUGACUGAAAUGUACACACACUUUCUGCUUAUUCAGACUAAUGUGAAGAAUCAGAAAUAUCAUGGCACUGAUGAGACAGACACAAAGAUGUUAGCAUCAGAUACAGAAAUCAUCCUGAAACUGGGGAAGCUGGCUUUUCUACAGAAGGAAAAGGGCAAUCUGAUAUUCUAUGAAGAGGACCUAAGAGAGAGUGGCAUUGAUGUCAGUGAAGCUUCAGUGUACUCUGGGGUGUGCACAGAGAUCUUUAAGGAGGAGUGUGGGUUGCACCAGGAGAAGGUCUACUGCUUUGUGCAUCUGAGCAUUCAGGAGUAUCUGGCUGCCUUGUUUGUAUUGCAAUCAUGUGUAAAUGAGAACAGAAAUGUACUCAGAGCAGAAGAAUCAAAACCUCACAGUGACAGAGUGCAGCUGUCUGAGUUACACAGGAGUGCAGUGGAUCAGGCCUUAGAGAGUAAGAACGGACACCUGGACCUUUUCCUCCGAUUCCUUCUCGGCCUCUCUCUGCAAUCCAUUCAGUCUCUCUUAGGAGGACUACUGACAGAGACAGGAAGCAGAUCAGAGAGCAUUAAGAAAACAGUCCAGUACAUUAAGGAGAGGAUCAGAGAGGAAUAUUCAGCAGAGAGGAUCACCUAUCUGUUCCACUGUCUCAAUGAACUGAAUGACAACUCUCUAGUGCAGGAAAUCCAGAAUUCCCUGAGAUCAGGAAAACUUUCUAAUAAAGAGCUGGAACCAGACCAAUGUUCAGCUCUGGCCUUUGUGUUACUGAUGUCGGAGGAGAUCCUGGAUGAGUUUAACUUGAAGACAUACAACACAUCAGCAGCAUGUCAUCAGAGACUGCUACCAGUAGUCAGGAACUGCAGGAAGGCCAUGGUCCAGCAGUCACUGGAGUACAGCUCUUUUGAUGAGAAGAGUUCAGAUAAAUUAUCUUCCGCAAUAAAGCCUCUCCUGCUCACUCUGAUGAAGCUGAAGAAGGAUGAGAAGUUGAAACUGUUUCAGAGCCAUCUGAGUCAGGAUUGCCCGGAAUGCUGUCUUGACGAUCAGUUUAUGAAGUUUAUUAAUGAAUUGUUCGACAGUCGUGAAGUUGAUGAUUACCCUGAAUGCAUUGAGAGAGAGCAGGAGGAUCCUGCGGCUGUGUGCAUAGUUGAGAAGUUGCUAGAGACCUGUGGCAGUGAGGGGUUUCUGAAGAUCACACUCCACAUCCUGAGGAAGAUGAAGCAGAAGGAGCUCGCUGAGCACAAUGAGUCCAUAAAAAGAGCCCAGCAGGCACUGAAAACUCAUCUGAAGAAGCAGUUUGAAUGCAUAUUUGAAGGUUUAGCAAAGCAGACAACCCUCCUCAAUGAGAUCUAUACAGAGCUCUACAUCACAGAGGGAGGAAGUGGGGAGGUCAAUAAUGAACACGAAGUCAGACAGAUUGAGACAGCAUCCAAGAGACAUACCACACAGGAGACUGCAAUCCUCUGCAAUGACGUCUUUAAGCCUUUACCUGGACAAGGGAAACCUAUCAAAACUGUGCUUACAAAGGGCAUCGCUGGCAUUGGGAAAACUGUCUCUGUGCAGAAGUUCAUUCUGGACUGGGCAGAAGGAAAAGCCAAUCAGGACAUUGAGUUCAUCUUCACUCUUCCUUUCCGAGAUCUGAAUCUGCAGGAGAAAAAAGAAUUCAGUCUGAUGCAGCUUCUGCAGCACUACUUUCCACAGCUGAAUGAGAUCAAAAGUGUUGAUGGUGAAGUCAACACCUUCAAAGUCAGUUAUAAUAAAGUUGUAUUUAUCUUUGAUGGACUGGAUGAGUGUCGACUUCCUCUAGAUUUCCAUUGUAAUAAGUACUGCUCCGAUAUAACAGAGUCAUCAUCAGUGCAUGUGCUACUGACCAACCUCAUUAAGGGGAAUCUGCUUCCCUCUGCUCUCCUCUGGAUCACCUCCCGACCAGCAGCAGCCAAUCAGAUCCCUCCUGAGUGCGUCCACCAGGUGACAGAGGUACGAGGGUUCAAUGACCCGCAGAAAGAGGAGUACUUCAGGAAGAAAAUCAGAGAUGAGAACCAGGCCAGCAGAAUUAUCUCACACAUGAAGUCAUCCAGGAGCCUCUACAUCAUGUGUCACAUACCAGUCUUCUGCUGGAUUUCUGCUACUGUUCUGGAGACAAUGUUGGGUAAAACAGAGAGUGGAGAUCUGCCAAAAACUCUGACUGAAAUGUACACACACUUUCUUCUCAUUCAGACUAAGGUGAAGAAUCAGAAAUAUCAUGGCACUGAUGAGACAGACACAAAGAAGAUAUCAGCAUCAGAUACAGAAAUCAUCCUGAAACUGGGGCAGCUGGCUUUUCUACAGCUGGAAAAGGGCAAUCUGAUAUUCUAUGAAGAGGACCUGAGAGAGAGUGGCAUUGAUGUCAGUGAAGCUUCAGUGUACUCUGGGGUUUGCACAGAGAUCUUUAAGGAGGAGUGUGGGCUGUAUCAGGAGAAGGUCUACUGCUUUGUGCAUCUGAGCAUUCAGGAGUAUCUGGCUGCCUUGUUUGUAUUGCAAUCAUGUGUAAAUGAGAACAGAAAUGUACUCAGAGCAGAAGAAUCAAAACCUCACAGUGACAGAGUGCAGCUGUCUGAGUUACAUAGGAGUGCAGUGGAUCAGGCCUUAGAGAGUAAGAAUGGACACCUGGACCUUUUCCUCCGAUUCCUUCUCGGCCUCUCUCUGGACUCCAUUCAGACUCUCUUAGGAGGACUACUGACAGAGACAGGAAGCAGAUCAGAGAGCAUUAAGAAAACAGUCCAGUACAUUAAGGACAGGAUCAGAGAGGAAUCUUCAGCAGAGAGGAUCAUCAAUCUGUUCCACUGUCUCAAUGAACUAAAUGACAACUCUCUAGUGCAGGAAAUCCAGAAUUCCCUGAGAUCAGGAAAACUUUCUGAUAAAGAGCUGCAACCAGACCAAUGUUCAGCUCUGGCCUUUGUGUUACUGAUGUCGGAGGAGAUCCUGGAUGAGUUUGACUUGAAGACAUACAACACAUCAGCAGCAGGUCAUCAGAGACUGCUACCAGUAGUCAGGAACUGCAGGAAGGCCAUGUCCGAAGUGCGGCAGCUGGAGAGUGUAGCACAGACAUCUUCCUCAGAGAAUCAUCAACCUUAAAAUCCUCAAUUUCAC